CAAGACGGGGAGUGAGCUCGGGCGCAAUCGGCUAAAGCUCGGCACACGGGUACUCCCGGGAUUCCGAGCGGAGCCAUCAAUACCUCAAACUGCAUCAAGCUCAUUCUUCCACCUUAUCCACCCCGUCUCUGUGUUUCUCACUCCUUGACACCCCUCAAAAUGCUCGCAAGCCGUAUCGCAGUGCGCGGGGCUCGCGUGGCAGCUCCCCGAUUCUCCAUUGCCGCCACCCGGAGCUUCGCCGAGCAGGCCAAGCCUCAGUCAGAAACCCGCCCUCCUGUUGAGGUGUUCGGGCUCGACGGCACCUAUGCGAGCGCGCUGUACACCGCCGCGGCCAAGACCAAUGCCCUCGACACCGUUGCCCGCGCCCUCGAGACGCUGCAAACCAGCUUCAAAAGGGACCCCAAGCUCCAAGUCAUCCUGACGGCGCCCACGCUAAGCAGUGGCGACAAGAAGUCUAUCGUGGGAGAGCUGCAAAAAGCCACGGGCGUGCAGGAUAAAUCCAACACACUCCCCAACUUCCUCAACACCCUGGCCGAGAACAACCGUUUGAAUGUGUUGGAGGGCGUGUGCGAGAAGUUUGGUGUGCUGAUGAGCGCCGCACGAGGCGAGGUCGAGAUGACCAUCACGUCUGCGCAGCCACUUGAUCAGAAGGUGGUGAAGCAGUUGGAGCAAGCGGUCAGCAAGAGCCAGUACGUUGGGCAGGGGAAGAAGUUGAAGGUCGUGCCGAAGGUCAACCCUGAUAUUCGCGGUGGUCUUAUCGUCGAGGUUGGCGAUCGAACCAUCGACCUCAGUGUCUCGGGCAAGAUGGCGAGGAUGAACAAGCUGUUGAGUGACGCUUUGUAGAUUUAGAUAUAGUGGGGACGGAUGAGAGGCUGGUAGAUCAACACUGCCCUAUUCUCUUGUCGAUAGCAAUAUGUCGCUCAGGCCUUGCCUCCGAGCAACCCUUGUCACACCGUCCUUGUCCGAC